CGCUUCCGUAGCUUAUUGGAUUCACUUGCAUGUCAAAGUUAUUGCACUGUGUUACCUCCGAAAACAUUUAAAUACACCUUUAUUUGCGGGGUAGACAUGUAACUUUUAAAUGCGAGAAGUUUAUAAAAGAUGUAUUGCUGGGCCUUUGUGUGUAGUAGUAUUUGCGUUAAAUGUACGGAAUGCAUGGAACGUAAUUCGGAAACAUUCCUGACUAAAUCUUUUCUAUAGUUCAUUAAUCAUAACUAUUUUUGACUAUAUAUGGAAAAUUUCAAGCUGUGUUUGAUGUACUUAAAACGAAUGUGCAUUAGCUAUAAAAUCAGAUAUUUGAAAUUGCGUCGUUGACAUUGGCAAAUAAUUGGAGUUUAUCAUAUCAAAUUGGUUGUGACUUUGUGAUUAGCAGGUAUCUGGGUAUACUGUAGUGUAUGCUGAGGUUAUUCUUUAUUUCAUAUUUUGUGUCAAGGUCAGAGCAACUAAAAAAAGGUUGCCAGCAUAAUGGGGGAAGAAUGUAAAGGAAAACUGCUCACAAUGAAAACAUCUACAAAUGAAAACAAUAAUACAUUAGAAGUUCAAAAAUUUGAUCUAUGUGAUUGUGAAAAAAAAAUAGGAGAUAAAUCUGGAGUAAUAUCAAAGACACAAACAAGGUUCUUGUGUAUAGCAGCUGUGAUUCUCAUUAUAUUUGCCAUUAUAUCACUCAUUACAGCCAUUAUAUUGGUCCUUAAACUCUCAGGGGGAGAUGAAGGGAAACCCAGUUCUCAAAAUCAGACAUCAACUUCAUCACCAUUAUCAACAGAAUCAGUGCUGAGCACUACAUUGUCAUCAAUCUCAUCAUCUACAAAUAUUCCAACAAAAUCUCCGGCAAGUACUUUAUCAACGAAGCCAGUGAUAAAUACUACAGUUAUUCCAACAGUUACAACAACUGUCAACAUCUGCAAAUCCAAUGAGUUUCUGUGUUCAGAUGGUACAUGUAUAGAGAAUGUUCAUGUAUGUGAUGGAAAACUCCAUUGUCCUCUUGGUGAAGAUGAAUAUGAAAAUUGUGAAUGUUCGAGGUCACAGUUUAGAUGUAACAGUGGACAAUGUGUAGACGCUUCAUCUAGAUGUGAUAGAUACCCGGCAUGUUUUGAUAAAUCGGAUGAAAUGAACUGCUCUAACUGUACUGGAUUUCAAUGUGCCUCAGGUCAGUGUCUCUGGACAGAUUCUGUACAGUGUAAUUUUCAUGUGGACUGCAUGGACCUUUCUGAUGAAAUGAAUUGUACCAUGCCCAAUGGAUAUAGGCCAUGUAAUAAUGGCUUGUCUGUACACUGGUCAAAAAUAUGUGAUGGUGUCGAUGACUGCUUCGACAACACAGAUGAAAACAAUUGUUCCAUGUGUAACAUUCUAGCAGAGAAACCGUGCGACGACAGGAAGAUGUGUGUAAUGGCAAAAUGGUUCUGUGAUGGUCACAUGGAUUGUUCAGAUGGUUCGGAUGAAAGAAAUUGUGGUGUAUGUGGUAGUGAUGAAGCACAGUGUUCAGAUUAUUCUUGUAUCUCAGCUCACCAAGUUUGUGAUGGUAUCAAACAGUGUCCGUCAGGGGAUGAUGAAGUCGAUUGUUUAAAACUUACUGAUAGAGGUAUCACAGGUUCAUCAGAUAUUGUCACUAUCAAGUCACAUGAUCAGUUCCUACCAGUAUGUAGUCAUGGCUGGACUUCCAGUGUUGCUGAUGACAUUUGCCGGUACUUUGGUUACAGGGACAGUUCAAGAAGCCAGGAAAUAGAUCAGAUAAAUGCAGGAGUUUCCUUAUCAAAUGGGUUUAUGGUGUUGAAAGAUAACCACAUAAGCUUGUCAUUGAAUCAGAGUUUAUUGGCCAAAUUUGUCAAAAAAUCAUCAUGCCCAGGAAAUAAAGUUAUUAGUGUGGAAUGCCGUCAGAAUGUUUGUGGUGAGAGGAAAAUUGAGAUAAUGAGCCCAUUUAUUGUGGGAGGUACACUAGCUCCAGCAGGCAAGUGGCCGUGGGUCGUGUCUAUAACUAGGCUAGGAGAGGGAUGGUGUGGUGGCGUGAUAGUUAAUCAGCAAUGGAUUCUUACAGCAGCACAUUGUAUUGUAACAUCUACAGCCAACUACAGUUUAACUCCACACUUUUUUGAGGUAACUGCUGGAACAAACGUACGACAGAGACAUGGUGAUGUACAUUCACAGAGCCGACAAGUUGAUGAAGUUAUUCUCCACCCUAAGAUGAUCCAGUUUAAAACCGGACUGACCGAAUGGGACUUGGCAUUGCUACAUUUAAAAUUACCUCUUAUCUAUACUGAUUAUGUACAACCAAUAUGCUUUCCUGAUGAAAAUGAUGUCUUUCCAACAAAUUCCCAAUGUUACCUUGCAGGCUGGGGCUUCAUCAAUACACAAGAAG